AAUAAAAAAAUAAAUGGAGAAGAAUGAUAUCAGGAGGUUAAAAUUGAGCGCAGUAUACAGACAGUCUUCUUCUGUCUAACUCGAUACAGAGGAUAAAACCAAAUAUAUGCCCUGUCCCUCUCAUGCUUCACUGUUCCCUUCCUCCUCUCUUCUCCCUCUUCUUCUCAAAUCCCAAUCCCCUUUUCCCAAUUCAAUUCAAUAGCCAUUAUCCAUCCCUAUCCACUUCUCCUCUUUGCUUCUGAAAUAGAGAACAGUUCAGUUAAAACUGAAACGACAAAAGUUCUCAGGAGUUGGUCAUCUUCUUCUUUUCUUCUUCAUUCAACUCCCAAAAUCCUACCUUUCUCUCCAUGGAUUCUUCUAAAAUACCAUACCAGAACCAAGAUGAAGUUCGAGAGUCUCCUUUUUCAGUUGAGAAAGACGACCAAAGGAAGCAACUUGCGCCCAAAAGAAGCUCGAACAAGGACCGACACACCAAAGUCGACGGCCGCGGCCGGAGAAUCCGCAUGCCGGCGCUCUGCGCCGCACGAAUCUUCCAACUCACCCGUGAGCUCGGCAACAAAUCCGACGGAGAAACCAUUCAAUGGCUUCUUCAGCAAGCCGAACCUUCCAUCAUCGCCGCCACUGGUACUGGAACUAUCCCAGCCUCAGCCCUGGCCGCCGCCGCCGCCGCCGCUUCUUCCAUUCCCGUACCUUCUACUCCCGCUGGCCUCCAUCCCAGACUCCACGACCCUCCAACCGCGACAAGACCCAACUGGGCUGCCGGCCUCUGGCCGCCGCAGCCGCCAUCACCAGUGCCGCCAAUUGGCGGCUUUGGGCUCACAGGAUUGGAGCUUCCGGGAACCAAUAUUGGUCAAAUGAGCUUCGCUUCGCUGUUGAGCGGCCAUGGCCAUCACAUACCUGGUCUUGAACUUGGUCUUUCACAAGAUGGACAUAUUGGAGUUUUGAAUCCUCAUGCUUUGAGCCAGUUUUAUCUGCAGAUGGGACAGGGAAGAGGAGGAGGAGGAGGAGGAAGUGAUGAUCAAUUGCGGAAUCAGAACCAGAGCCAUGGAGGCAAAGAUGAUUCCGACGAAUCAAGUUAAAAUUUUGAGAUGGAAGAUAGAGAAUUGAUUGAGUGAUUCUUCUCCUUAAUCAGCAGGGAUUCUCUAAAUAUCAACCUAAAAAAUAAAAAAAUUUGAAAACUUGUGAUCGUCGUCUUGGAAGGAAUUGUCUUAAUGGCUUCUAUAUAUCUGGUUUGUAUAUAGAGAGAUUGGUGUUUCAGUGCCUAUUUUUUGUUUUUGAUUGUUGUUGGAAUUGGCUUGAGCUUUCCAGAAAGCAUAAAUUAUUUGAUUGCAUAUUUGUUAUUAUA